CUGUUUGACAAAUGACAAAAUCAAAACGAUAAUUAUUGUUUUUCUUUUCCAAACAUACACUCUAAAUUAUUGGCUACCUUUAUUCUGCUUAAAGAAAGACUUACUUAAAUAUUAAUUAAAUAUCGCAGAAAUGUCAUAUCAACUUUACAGGAAUACUACAAUUGGAAACACGUUACAGGAAAGCCUUGACGAAUUGAUACAGUAUGGUCAAAUAACACCUACGCUCGCUGUGAAAGUAUUGUUACAGUUUGAUAAAUCUAUUAACACAGCAUUGUCUAACAGGGUGAAAUCUAGAUUAACCUUUAAAGCGGGGAAAUUGAAUACAUACAGGUUUUGUGAUAAUGUUUGGACAUUUAUGUUGAAUGAUGUAGAAUUCAGGGAGGUUCAAGAAGUUGCUAAGGUGGAUAAAGUGAAAAUAGUUGCCUGUGAUGGAAAGAAUGUGGAGGACCGUCGGUAAUGCUUGGAGCUCUACAUGGACUAUUUAAUGUUAGAAAAUAUGUAUAUAUUGGGGUCUGGUAAUUGAUAUUAGGAAACUUCUCUAAAUGCUAGUAAUAAUUUGUAUACUCAAAGGCAAAAACCAAAAGUUUUGUUGUAAGGUAAAACUAAUUCUAAAAAUGCAUUAAUUUGUAUUUGAUACGGCUAAAGUGCUAAUAAAUUGUGGAAUGAC